UCUGUUUCUUUACGAUGACGAUGGAACGACCCAAACUUGUCGUGCUCUUAACAUUGAUGGUGACCGCUACUGCAGUGUCAAGUGUAAACGACACAGUCAUUGAAAGAAGCAAGGGCUGCAAAGACUGCUGCUCGAUAACAAUAGAAGACAUCCACGUUGCUCCUGGUGCGCCUGGUGGUCCCGGAGAGCAAGGAAAGAAAGGAGACAGAGGUGACAAAGGCGAGAGCGGAUUGACUGGAGAGAAAGGGUCGCCAGGAAUCUCUAAUAUAAAUUUGUGCUCUAGUGCCAUAAGAGGGUUACUACGAUAUGACCAAGAAGUCAAGGAGGCAGAGUACUGUGACGGUACUCAAUGGUUGAAUCUAUUACCAGGAAGUUCAGCUAUGUUCCCUGCAUUAUCAUGUAAAGAAAUAGCAUCAUCCAAAAGUGGACAGUACUGGAUUAAACCAUCCUUUAAUGAUCCUCCAUUUAAGGUAUUCUGUGAUGCGAGUGAAGGUUGGACUUUGAUCAUGAAGAUAGACGGAAAGAAGCAAACAUUUACUUAUGCCAGCGACUUGUGGUCGAACAAGAAAACAUUUCAAUCAAACAAUUUGGAUUUAGAUAACAAAGAAACAAAACUGGCUUCGUAUUGGACACUGCCAUUUACUGAACUCCGUUUGGGAAUGAAAGUAGAUGGAACGAUCAGAUGGAUCACCUUCAGCUAUAGUGCAUCAUCUCUCUACAGUCUUAUUGCUGAUGGACAGUACAGAAGCACACGUAUUGGUAAGAGUAAGUGGAGAAGUUUACUGCCAACAUCAUCUCUGCAAAGAAAUUGCAACAAGGAAGGAUUCAACCCAAAGCCAGACCGCCCUGGCUCAAGCGGGGGCAUCUUAACUGCACGAGCACGUCUGGGAAUUAUUGCUAACGAACAAAAUAACUGUGCCACUCCAGACUCUUUUCUUGGUUUCGGAACGCGGUACCCACAAGCAACGGACAAAAACAGUGCUGGAAACCAAGCGUGCUGUACUGCAGAGGACGGUCCUGUAAACCUCAAAGUCAUCGGCUACAUCAUGGCACGUUAGGACACACUUUGUGACCGUACAAAUGUCAGUUGCCGCUUUGUAGCAACUGCUAGCGACAAAACGUACAUUUUCAAAUUUAGUACGUUUGCUCUAGAUGGCUUAGACUUGCAUGCGCUCUGCUAACGCAUUUAGCAACAAAAAUUAAAACACAAAAU